AUGGCCGACCGGAGACGCGUAAACGGACCAGUAGGCCCAACGGCGCCUCCUGUAUACAAUACCGCCGCACACAAGCCUAUCGCGAAGGAGAAGGCAGACAACUCCAUUCGAAAGAUCUUUCUCAAGACAGGAGUGACCCCUUCCGCAUCCGGCUCUGCGUACCUCGAGCUUGAAGACCCCAAGGCGAACAGUCCUAGCAGUACGAGCUUGAAACUCACCUGUACUGUCCACGGCCCCCGAGCUCUACCGCGAUCUGCGCCAUUCUCACCGCACAUCAUCCUCUCGACCCAUGUCAAAUACGCACCCUUCGCGACGAAACAGAGACGAGGCUACCUGCGCGAUUCGAGCGAGAGGGACCUCGGCGUACAUCUGGAGACGGCAUUACGGGGAGCCAUCAUCGCCGACCGGUGGCCCAAGAGCGGAGUCGAUAUCAUUGUCACCAUCAUAGAAGGAGACCAGGAUCGCAACGCCCCAGAGAACAAGAGCGACGAGGGCUGGGACAUGAUGAACGUCCUGAGUGGUUGUAUCACUGUUGCUUCGGCGGCCAUUGCGGAUGCGGGCAUCGACUGUGUUGAUACUGUUGCUGGAGGCGUGGCGGCGCUGGUGGCUAGACAACCAAACAGCCCGCCUGCCAUCGUCUUGGACCCGGCGGUCUCGGAGUAUCACAAGGUGUUUGCAGCUUGUUGUGUUGCCUACCUGCCCACGCGGGAUGAGAUCACGAAUAUCUGGUUCAAGGGUCAACUACCCGGCGCGGACAGUAUGCUCUACAACAGAAUGGUUGAGAGAAGCUUGGUUGCUUGUCGCAAUGCCAACCGUGUUGUCAUCACGGCCCUGAACGAGACGGUUCGACCAGGCAAAGAGUCAGCCUGA